AUGAAAUCCUUUGCUUUAUUCUUUAUCGUUUUAUUUAUAAUCGCUUGUUUACCGGUGACCAUUCAUUCUCAAGGAGAAACACCAACAGAAAUUGUUGCAACAACCUCGUCUACUGAAACUGUUCUUCUUCCAGAUCAAUCUACCGUAGUAGUACCACUGCCUACUUCUGUUACUAGUACAUCUGUAAUUACCGCACCCUUGAAACAUGAUAUGACCAAUGUUGCGGCUGCUGGUUUUGUUGCCGCUGUCAUCGCUCUUUUCUAA